CAUGCAGGAGUUGAAUCUGGAGCAAUGGAGAAGGACCUUGUGGCUAAGGACAAGAGCGAUCAGGUUGUCGGAGCCACAUGGAACAGUAUCAAAGAGUGAUUCGAACCAAAUGAAAACAUACGCGGCAACAAGCACAAACCAGUGAUGGGUGUCUCCGGGGUCUUGUGAUCGAAUUUGGAUGCUUCUGUCAGCCAAGCGCCCAAAGGGACAUCAUAUCCCUGCCUACCCAAUCCUUAGUUGACUCCAAUAGAAUUCAAGUCCACCCAUGUUUCAUCCACAACACCUUUUCAUUCAACCAACAUCGGAGCGAAGAAAAGUUCGAGCACAGGCUCAUUCAUUCCAGUCCCAGAAGAUCUGUGUUGUGAACUAACUUAUUAUCAAAGCCCUUCUACACUCAACAAACAAAAUUGUGAUAGUUAAUUAUUUGAAAAUCCAUCUAAGCUAUUUAGAUGGAAAGAAUUGAAAAUGAUAGGUGCUAGCUUUCAACGGCGACGAAUGCAUCAUAGUCAAUGAAUUCUAAGCCGUGUGACCAAUUCAAUUGAAAAGAAUAUCCCAAUGGGCGAUCCGGCAUAACAUACAAUAGUAGAUUACCUGUCUUCCCAGGUUGAUGAUAGAAAAUUACCGUUUUCAAAAGGGUCUUCAGUCCUGAUCCACCCGAAAAGCAACGCCUCACUCCACUUGGCCAAAAAGGGUCGCGAUGUAUCCGAUUUUGGCGUUCAUGAGAAGUGGAGUUGGCGAUCAUCCCGAGCGCGACUUUCUCGAGGUCCGAAGUUCGAGGUCAUCUUAGACCUGGGAGCAUCCAGCAAGGGAAACCAAGGCAUAGUGCCUCGUAGAUCUAGCCCUUAGCUAAUGCCGCCAUUCUCCGGACGGGCCUUCUUGUUCCCGACGGCCUCUCAAGUUGCUCUCGAGGCCCGCCCGUACACGCCAUCGGUGGGUCUAGUGAGCAACGGGCCUCCGACCCCCCUUCCCACCAUCACCAGCCCGACCCCCACGCCUCUUCCACUGCCAGCCUUGACGCUCGGCUCAGUCGCCUUAGCGGAGAAUGGUACGGAGAUAUGCGUCUCGCGCAGCUGUAGAUCAAGGCCCAACCUCGCUAUUCCUGUUCACCUCGUCCAGUCCGUUGAGAAGGUUGGUAACAUGGUUCGUCAACACCCAGCUCUUCGAAUGGACCAUCAUUCUCACCAUCAUAGCCAAUUGUGUCGUAAUGGCCUUGGACGACAAACUCCCUUACGGAGACAAAACAGUUCUCUCCAUGAAAAUGGAAGACCUGGAACCGAUCUUUAUGAUCAUUUUCACCAUCGAAAUGUGCACCAAGAUUCUAGCCCUGGGUUUCAUUCUGCACAAAGGCAGUUACAUGAGGAACUUGUGGAAAAUCAUGGACUUUGUGGUUGUCACGUCGGGUUUUCUGCCCAUGAUGCUCCCAGCUGGCUCCGAGGACAGCAUCAACCUAAACACUCUAAGGACAUUCAGAGUCCUCAGGCCAUUAAAACUCGUCUCAGGAGUACCAAGCUUGCAAGUGGUUAUGAGCUCCAUUGGAAAGGCCAUUGGACCCCUGGUGAACAUUGCUUUGUUGUUGCUCUUCGCUGUCAUCAUUUUUGCCAUCAUCGGCCUCGAAUUUUAUGCUGGGGCGCUGAACAAAACCUGCUACCAAUUGGACGACUUAGGCCAAAUUGUGAUAGACGGAUCGAAUGGCAGUCCGUGCUUCCCUGGCCCUCCAGAAGAUGCUCCCACGGGAGCCUACACCUGCGAGAAAGACACCGCCAUAUGUCUAGAAAAGUGGGAAGGUCCCAACGAUGGCAUCACCUCCUUCGACAACAUCGGUCUGGCCAUGUUGACGGUAUUUCAGUGCGUUACCAUGGAGGGAUGGACUCCGAUUCUAUACUCGACCAACGAUGCUAUCGGGAGCGCCUUCAACUGGGUCUUCUUCAUUCCCUUGAUCGUGGUGGGGAGCUUCUUCAUGCUCAAUCUGGUCCUGGGUGUCCUGAGUGGAGAAUUUGCCAAGGAAAAGGACCGCGUCGAGAGCAGAGCGGGCUUUUUGAGGCUCAAAGAGAAGCAGCGACUCGACAUGGAGAUGGACGGCUACAUGAAUUGGAUCUGUCGGGCAGUUUAUGCCGAAUUUCUAUUCCUUGGUGCCUUUGUCUUCGAGAUGUUAAUUCGUUUAUAUGCCCUGGGACCUGCCGCUUAUUUCUCAUCUGCCUUCAAUCGAUUCGACUGCGCUGUCAUCACAGGAUCGCUCCUCGAGGUCAUGUGGGUCAACUUCAAGCCUCGAGCGGGAUCCUUUGGGCUGUCGGGUCUUCGUGCUUUGCGCCUACUCAGAGUCUUCAAGGUGACCAAGUACUGGUCUCCCUUGCGCAAUCUUGUGAUAGCUCUCAUGAAUGCCUUAUCUUCUAUCAUGUCUCUGCUCUUUCUGCUCUUUCUGUUCAUCUUCAUCUUUGCUCUGCUCGGAAUGCAGCUUUUCGGCGGCUCUUUCAAUUUUGAUGACGGGACACCCACGUCCAACUUCAAUACAGCCAUCAACGCCCUCUUGACGGUCUUUCAGGUGCUAACUGAAGAGGACUGGAACAAUGUCAUGUACACUGCCAUAAUUUCUCAAGGUGGACGGAAGAACGGGGGCUUGGUGUACAGUUUAUACUUUGUGAUGCUCACUCUCUGCGGAAAUUACUGUCUGCUCAAUGUGUUUUUGGCCAUUGCUUGCGAUUCUUUGGACCAAGCGGCAGAACUAACGGCCAAUGAAGAGGCGGAAAAGGAGAGGGCCGCCGCAGAGGCCGAGGCCGCCCAACAGGCAGAACAUGCGGCCUUGGAUAAAGCUGCCGGAGGGGCGAAUGGGGAUGCGGCUCUCAGGAAUGAGGACGAUGAUAAUAGGGGUGAUGCCGAAGGCGGUGGAGGCGGUGCUUUUGGAGAGGAAGAGGACGAACUGCGACCAAUUUUACCAUAUUCCUCUCUUUUCAUAUUUUCCUCCACAAAUCCGGUUCGCGUGGGCAUUCAUUGGCUUGUGACCAAACCGUUGUUUGACGUGUUCAUUAUGUUUGUGAUAUUAUUGAGCAGUGCCGCCCUGGCUGCCGAAGACCCCGUUCAAGAAAAUGCACCCUGGAAUAAGGUGUUGUCGAAAUUCGAUUAUGGGUUCACCGCCAUCUUCUUCAUCGAGUGCUUGCUAAAGAUCUUGGAUCUUGGGUUGAUGUUCCAUCCAGGUUCUUUUUUCCGUGAUGUGUGGAACAUCAUGGACGGAACGGUUGUGUUCUGUGCCCUGAUAUCCCUGUACUUCCAAGGCACUCCCACGGGCCAAAAGCUGAAAUCCGUCAAGUUGCUUCGUGUUCUCCGGCCUUUAAAAAUGGUUAACAGAGUGCCGGCGCUGAAGGCUGUGUUUGAUUGCGUGGUCACCUCCUUGAAGAAUGUGUUCAACAUCCUGAUCGUGUACAUGCUCUUCCUCCUCAUCUUUGCCAUGGUUGGGGUGCAACUUUUCAACGGGAAGUUUCUUUAUUGUACGGAUGCCGCCAAGCGGACCUACGAAGAAUGCCAGGGCGAAUACUUCGUAUCAGGCGAGUGGGGCGAGGUGAUCCCUGAGGUCGCGGAACGGGAGUGGUUGAUCAAAGCCUUCAAUUACGACAACUGUGGAGCCGCCAUGAUUACGCUCUUCGCGGUGCAGACCUCCGAGGGAUGGGUCGAUGUCCUCCAAAACUCCAUGUCGUCCACCUAUGAGGAUGAAGGUCCCAUUCCGUGGUUUCGAACGGAAAUGGCCAUAUUCUACAUUGUGUAUUUCGUGGUGUUCCCGUUUUUCUUCGUGAAUAUCUUCGUGGCUUUGGUCAUUGUGACUUUCAAUGAUCUUGGAGAGGCAGAACUGACCGAUGACAUCGACAAGAAUCAGAAAUCGUGUAUUAAUUAUGUUAUCCAAGCCAAGCCCAUGCAAGUGUACGUUCCCGAAGAACAAUCAGGCUGUCUGUUCCACAUCUGGAGAUUGGUGACCUCCCCGCCUUUUGAAAACUUCAUCAUGCUCCUUAUUGUCAUGAACACCAUUCUGCUCAUGUUGAAGUAUCAAGGGGCCCCUCUUCAAUACACGGAUCUGUUAUCGGAUUUCAAUUUGGUGUUCACGAUCCUCUUUACGGUGGAGUGCGUCAUGAAAUUGGCGUGUUUUGGAACCAAGGCCUACUUCAAGGACUCGUGGAACACAUUCGACUUCAUUACCGUGGUGGGGAGCAUAAUUGACGCCACCCAAAUCGUCAAUGUCGGGUUCUUGAGACUUUUUCGAGCUGCCCGUCUUAUCAAGCUCUUGCGCCGCAGUGUCAGUAUCAGGAUUCUAUUGUUCACUUUCGUCCAAUCAAUCAAGGCUUUGCCAUAUGUUAUGAUGCUCAUGGUGAUGUUGUUCUUCAUCUAUGCCAUCGUGGGUAUGCAAUUGUUUGGAAACAUUGCCCUGGAUUCGUCCACAGCCAUAGAACGACAUAACAACUUUCGAAAUGUGGCCCAGGCUUUCAUGUUGCUCUUCCGAUGUUCGACCGGAGAAGCGUGGCCGGAUAUCAUGAUGGCCUGCAUCGCAGGUCGGACGUGCGAUCCCAGGUCCAAGGAGAUCAACCAAACCACGGGUCAAGUGAUCGAUCCGGACAAGAAGUGUGGCUCGAAUAUGACCUACUUCUAUUUCAUUUCCUUCAUCUUCCUGUGCAGUUUCAUCAUGCUGAAUAUCGUGGUGGCUGUCAUUAUGGAUAGCUUCGAUUACCUGACUCGGGAUAGCUCCAUCUUAGGAUCCCACCAUCUGUCAGAGUUCAUCACAGUUUGGUGCGAAUUUGAUCCGCAGGGAGAGGGGAAGAUCCACUACACGGAUAUGUUUGCCCUUUUGAAACAGAUUGAUCCUCCAUUGGGAUUUGGUAGCAAAUGCCCAGACAUACUAGCCUACAAACGGUUGGUUCGAAUGAACAUGCCCAUUGAUGAUGAAGGUAAGGUUCACUUUACCACCACACUCUUUGCUUUGGUGAGAGUGAACCUUCAGAUCUUCGUGCGAUCCAUGGAUGAGAUGGAUCAAGCGGAUCAAGAGCUCCGAACCACCAUCGGAAGAACCUGGCCAUUUGUCAAACGGGACGGGAAAAUCGACUUGCUUGUACCGCGCCCGGCAGAAACUGGACCUAACAAACUUACCGUCGGAAAGAUCUACGGCGGCAUGCUUAUAUUGGAAAAUUGGAAACAGACCAAAUUCACAGCACUUCCACCUCCUUCAAGUUUUAAGAAGGCUCUUCCGAAUGGCGAUAUCUUCGGAGGAGGACCCACCAAACUUAUGGAUGGAAAAGAAGCCGAAGCAGAGCGAAGAGCGUCUCUGAAACAGAAGCAGUCCAAUGAACUGGUACAAAACUAUCUCAACACGCUCGAAGAGCCCUUGCCUUUAGAGGAUGAUAUUGAUAAGAGCCAUUUCUCAAACCAACACAACCCUCACCCACAACAGCAACAACAUCACCAACAACACCAACACCAGCAGCAGCAUCAACAGCAGCAACAGCAGCAGCAGAGACAUCCUCCCAAGACGUUCCCCGAACCAAUUGAGCCCAUUUACCAGAACGUGCCCAAAUUGGGUGACGGAGGUGAUGGGGGAACCGGCACUCAAGAGUGGUAUGAGCCCCAGCCUCACAUGUUGGAGAGAAAUCGGGGUGUUUCCGUGGAUCGCCAUCGAGAGUAUCAAACCCCGCAAUAUUAUCAAGACACUUAUUAUCGUGAAGAGGAAAACAGACGUAUCACUGUUAAACAUAUCCACACUGAUGCUUCUAGAGCAACAAGUAGCUUAGAACACCGACGCAGGCUUCCAGAGCGACCCGAUGGCGCCAAACUCGAGCGCCAAUGGAGUCAUCCCAAUCUCAGACCACGACCAGGGGGUCGUCGCCAACUCCCCAAGACCCCCGAGCAGCCCCCAGGAACGAUCAUCGUGAUCGAAAAUGUUCUCCCUGAUAAGCACAAGGGCAAGUUCAGUAACCAGGUCCCAGGCCCUCCCAGACGGUGUGAGUCGAGUGCCCAUGUGAACCAUGUACACCACGCACUUCCGCAACACCUUCAAAAACAGCCCUCCAACCACCACAUCAACGCCAAUUUCAGCUUUUCAGACGACUACGAAGACGACGAAGUCAUGCGACCCCGCCGAUCUGGCACGCGCUCCGCCUCGGCCACUACCCGUCACCGUCUUCCUGCACCUCCCACCAAAACGCCCACGGCGGCCGUCGUGGGUUCUGGAGUGGGCAAAGGCCGUCGGCUCCCUCCCACUCCCCAUAAGCCUUCGUCAUUCCCGUUGCACCAUACGCCAAUCCAAACACGCAAACGCGAACUGCCAACCAAGCCCUUUGAGCAAUUGAACCGUGAUAUGCUGGGCAGUUGUCGCACCCCCACCAUGCUCAAUGACGUCUUUAACAGUUCGGCUGCCCUCCUCGGCCGAAUCUCGAGUCGCAGUAUGAACUUUCCACGUGUUGAUGGGUCCCCAUCGCGUAGUGGGCCAAGCAGUUAUGAUGACGACCCCAUGGACAUGGAGUCGUUUCUGCCUCUGCCUUCGAUGCCUCCGGGCCUUCGGACCACGUUAUACCGUCACAGGCGAACAUUGCUUGAAUGA